CCCUCUCUGGAGUCUGAGUGCUCCUUCUACCAGCCAUGAGGACUCUCUGCUCUCUGCUGCUGAUAUGCUGCCUCCUUUUGGCAUAUACCACCCCAGCUGUCGGCUCUCUAAUCGGUGUAUCAGAAAUGGAACGGUGCCACAACAAGGGAGGGUACUGUUACUUUUAUUGUUUUAGUUCUCACAAAAAAAUUGGUAGCUGUUUUCCAGAGUGGCCAAGAUGCUGCAAGAAAAUAAAAUGAUUUGAAGAAAAUAUAUGGAAGUCAAGUAACAGAUGUGUAACUGAUGUUUUAAUAAAGGAAACAUUUUUUUUCAAGUUUAA